GGAUGAUUACAUCCACGAAAUCUUUUGUAUGGAUCAACUUACUGUCAAACGCAUUCACGAAGAAAACACAGGAAAAAGAAACAUGUACGAUUGGAUCUCGAGCUUCAUGUCAGGCAUCACGUCGUGUCUGAGGUCAACAGAAGCUAAAUAUAAAAUAAUAUUAUAUAAAAAAUAGAAAAAAUUCCCAUGCUCAUUAAAUAUAAAUCUCAGAAAACUUUUAGAGAACAUGGAGCCAUAUCCACGACUACACUUUUUCGUGCCCGGAUAUGUGGAAAUAUUUCUGAGAAGCCGUUUUAAAGUUUUCUCAAUGACACAAAGAUUGUUCGAUAAUAAAAAUAUAUUUCUCGACUGCAAUCUUGCACAGGAAUAUUUCUUUACUGCUACAGCGAUUUUUAGAGGCCAAAUAUCACCUAUGCAUUUCGAGGAGGAAAUGCGAAACAUGCGAGUGAAAUAUAAAAAUAAUUUUGUUGAAUGGAUUCCGCAUAAUACGCAAACUACUGUAUGCUCAGUACCGCCAAGUCGUGAGAAAUGGUCCCUUACGUCGGUAUUGAAUACGACCGCAAUUCAACAACCGUUUCAGACACUAUUAAACUUCUUUAGAAAACAGGUCCAUUACAAAAAUUAUCUUCACUGGUACACACAGGAGGGUAUGGAAAUAUCUCAGUUCGAAAAUGCUCAGAACAAGUUAGACAGACUCUUGUGUGAGUAUAAAGAAAAGCAGAGAACUGGGAAUAAAAACUAAAAAUUAACAAACUGUAUAAGCAAUUUACCGAAAAUAUUGCGAACAUAUCGACUCAAUGAAAAAAACUUCAUGAAUUUAUUAAUGAUAUUGUGUAUAUUAUUAAAAUGUAUGAAAUAAUAUUAAAAAUAUGUAAAUAUAAUAUCAAAAGCUUUGAAGAGGGAAAAGAAUUUAAUCUCAAGAAUCUCAAGCGAAAUAAGAAUUUUUGCGGCAUUUUGACAUUUCGGAAUAUUAUAUUAUAGAUGUGA